AUGCCUAUUUCCUCCGAAAAAGAAGAGAUCCUUCUCUCAAAUGCCCUCGAAGCCUAUAAAUCAGGUCAAUUUACCAGUAUUCAGGCCGCAGCCUCUCAUUUUGGCGUCUCAAAGUGGAAGCUUCGGAACCGAAAUGAAGGCAAGAAAAAUAGAAAAGGCCGUACAGCCACCAACAAAGCCCUAAAUUCCUCACAAGAAGCCUCUCUGAUUCGCUGGAUUGAGCACCUUAAUUCAGUAUAUACACCACCAACUGCUAUUGAUAUUGAGGGUGCUGCAAAUCGUAUUUUACGACAUUGUGGUUCCGACCGGCAGGUUAGCAAAAUGUACGGCUAUCAAUUCAUGCAACGCCUACCACCCCAUAUUACCCUUCGUACACAAAAGCCGAUGGGAAAAGCGAGGAUUGAAGCUGAAUUACACGGUGAAUUAGUUCACUGGUAUGAGGUUUAUGGCCAAUUCCUUAAAAAGAAUAAAAUCCAGGCCAAUGAACUGUAUAACUGGGAUGAGACUGGCUUUCAGCUAGGCAUUGGAACUAAGGAAAAUGUCGCUUCUACCCGCAAAUAUGAGACUAUUGCGACCGGUGGUAUAGGCCAGAAUAUCACUGGAAUUGAGUGUAUUUCGGCCGAUGGCUGGGUUAUGCAUCCAUGGUUUUUAAUACGUGGUCCUGAACAAAUGGAAGACUGGUUUGACGGCGAUAAUGAUCCUACCAACUAUAGGGUUAUUAAACCAACUACCAAAGGCUGGACCGACGAUACAACUGCGAUUCAAUGGCUAUUAGAUUUCCAUUAUGCCACUAAAAAGCGAGUUGCUAAAGGUAGACCUAGGGUUUUGGUUAUGGAUAACCAUGGAUCCCAUGGAACCCCGGAAUUCGAGCAUAUCUGCCAAAGCUUUAAUAUUAUACCUUGGUGGUUUAUACCAAAGAUGACACAUCGAUUUCAGCCUCUCGAUGGCAAGCCCUUCUCAGUUCUUAAACAAAAAUUCCGAAAAAAGAACAAUGAGAUUGUACGAUGGGGUGGAGAUGUUGACGAUAAACGGCAUUUUCUUCAACUCAUCAAAACAGUCCGCAAAGACACAUUCAAAUCGCAAACGAUUAAAUCAUCAUUUAAAGACACUGGUCUUUGGCCUUAUGAUUUACAUAUUGUGUGUGAUCAAAUUGAUCCAGGCUGGGAAGAUGAACCAGUCCUCGAGAUAUAUGGUCAUACGCCAUCACCAGACCGUGAAUUCCCUAGUUCAGCAACGAAUUCGCCGCCUAAUUCAGAUCAAAGAUUCUCCAAAGUUGAGGACAAGAUUCAAACGAUAUUCGAAAAUGAUAAAGCUGAAUUGGACCUCCCGAAGCUUCAUAAACAUAUAAACCGUGCAAUUCGUGGCGGCAAGCAGGCUAUUCAAGAUCUAGCCCUUGCAAAACAGACGAUAAAAAGGAUGCAAAGCCACAAGAUUCCUGUCAAAAAGACAAAGCGCAUAGUAAAGGGUGCAUCUAAGAGUCCUUUAUCGUCAAUUGCAGGCAAUUCGAAGGUUUAUCAGCGCUGUACGAAAGAAUCUAAAUUGGAUAUUCGGCAUGAAGCCGGAAACGCAAGAAUUCGAGACUACUGGCAUCGCGCGAAUCAGGCUCUCAAAGAAAAAGAAGAAGCAUCAGGAGGUAGAGAUUAUCUUGAUGCUAAUAGUGAGCUAUUUAAAUUCAUAGAUCCAGAUGGGAUGGUGGCUGAAAAAUAG